AUGUCCGUGGCGGAAACGUUUAUAGAGGAAGACGGUUUCGGCUUCGUUCCUAGGCCUGACCGCAAUAAACACAACCAAUCGUACGAAAUUGUUCGAAGCACACAAAGGUACACGAUGACGAACAAGCACAAAGCGUCGGUGCAAUUGAUAUCUUGGGGCGCUACUAUCCAAGCCAUCAAGAUACCGAAUCAAGCGGGCAUUUUGGGCGACGUUGUUCUAGGAUUCGACGACGUGGAGGGAUAUUUGAAGAACAGGUACAUAGGGAGCACGAUUGGCCGUGUCGCGAAUAAAAUUUCUAUGGGGAAAAUGAAGAUCAACAACAAGGAUUACUCUCUGACUAUAAACGACAAAAAUAGCACGAGCCAUUACAACGGGGGUUUCGUCGCGUUCGACAACGUUAAUUGGAAUUCUUACGUAUUCAAGAAGCACGUGGUAGGGAAAUAUAUUCGAUAUAAAUUUUUGACAGCGCAGGUGAUGACCCACACGAGUACGAAAAACAGCGAGGGAUACCCGGGUGAUCUGCUCACGCAGAUUAAAUAUUCCUGGACGGAUGAUAAUCAGUUGAUCAUAAAUAUCCGCGCUUGCGCUACCGAACCGACACCUGUUAACAUUACUAAUAAUUGUUUGAUGAAUCUUGCUGGACAUGUAAAGUCGUUAUCUAUCUUGAUUUCUCAAACGUUUCUCUCCCUUCCUCGUCGAAGAAUUAUUCAUCCCGGGUCUGGAAGAACUUUAGAGUUAUAUUCGAAUCAUCCGGGGUUACGGUUCUCCACCGGGAACGAUUUGCCGGACUUGAGUCGCAAAUAUCCACCCGACUUUGAGGAAUACUGCGAUUGCAUGGACAAAGUUAGACAUUAAUUUUUAAAUUUUUUAAAAAAACUAAACCUCGAUCCCUUGCGAAUUUCCCUUCGUAAUUUUCCUUCGAAAUAACGUAUAAGUUCCAGGCGCCGAAACUGAUCGAGAAGGAGAUUUGGGGCAAGGAUGGCGUACGGUAUCAAAGGCACGGCGGAUUCGUUUUGUCGCCCCAAAAUUAUCCCAACUCGGUCAAUAUUAAGAAUUUUCCAUCCUGCAUACUUAAUCCCGGCCAAAUUUACACGCACGACAUAACGUACAAAUUCGGCCUGUUGAGAAAAAU